CAAGCAGCGCUUCCGGCUCAAAGCUAGAUUCAUUUUACGACUCUGCAGCACUUGCGGGGUCGUUGCUUUCCUGCGACCAACCCUUCGCAGCGAAAAUACCUAUAUAGAAGGCAGUGUGUGAGGUAAUGUCAUGCAUCUUCCUGGCAUUUUGAUUCUUGUGCUUGGACAGCUUCUUUUAGGAUGCGCUACUAUUGAAGUUCCAGUGUGUGAGUCCUGCGACAAUCAGCUAGAACCUGCGAAUGCAAGAGAUGACGAGGAUCUCUUGCACUUCAGAAUGCUGCAGGUCAGUGCAGGCCUUGUCCCCAAAGAGCAUGCAAGCGGUCGCAACAGGGUGGAGAUGAGGCAACAUGUGACGUCGCGACAUUCAGCACUUCAAUGGCUGGUGCAGCAAGCCGAGACGAAGUUCCUUCCUUUUGCAGCUGCUGUCUUGCUACCGCAUGCAUUAGCCUUUCUUGCGGCCCACUUCAUAAUGAGUCGACGUAGCGGACAAGCUGUCGAAGUCUUGCACGAGAAGAAAGAAGCGCCGAAGAGUCUCUCUUACAUUAUUGAACGGGCCGGACCUAUGUGGUUGAUUCACAUGCUGGGAAUUUUCUCCUUUGCAACUGGAGCUCCGAGCGUUGAAUACUUGUAUUUGAACUAUUUUGCGCGGCAAUCGCACCCGGACAUUGACUGUGCUACACAAAUGGCUGCAGCGCCUUGUGCAGAGUCUGUCAUGAAGUGCUUGAAACUCCAAAUCAUCAGAGGGUUUGCGCUCCCGCUGGUGCAGUUCAUUGUGGGACCCGCUUUGGGUGCCCUGAGUGAUGCAUUUGGUCGAAAACCUGCAAUUCUGGUAAUUCGUUCGUGCCUUCUGAUUUCAACAACAGGUACAAUAGCAGUAGCUUGGUUUUCCGUACCAAUCUGGAUAGAUUUUUGCCUUGGUUUCUUUACAAUGAUUCCCUGGGGUGCUGUACCCUUCGCUUGGUAUAUGGAUCGGAUGGAUCAUGCACCCAGCAUUGUUUAUGCUGUGAGCCUCAUCGAGGGGUCCUGCAUAGUUUGUGCUGCAAUGGGGACAGCUCUUGGUACUGUGUUGAGCUCAAAAAUGGCAAUUUUGGUUGAAUUCCUCGGUCGUGUAGUGACUCUUUGUAUUGCAGUCUUCUUUUUGCCAGAAUCUCUACCAGCAGAGAAGCGGAUGCCCUUUUGCUGGUCAUCUUUGAUGCCUACGGCGGCAUUCCAAGUUCUUUUCCAGAGCCCUUUGGUUGAGAAACUCAGUGCAAUCAGUAUCAUCAAUUCGUUUCAUUGGGCGGGCUACUACACAAUGUUCGGACGAUUUUUGCAGAGCAGCAUGGCAUGGACGAGGCUAAAUAGCUACCAAGGUGGACUUGCAGAACACAUCUCCCAGGUUCUUUGGCUAUCAUUGGGUGUGAGUUUUCUUUUGCGAGCCUUUGGGCAAACAGGACUGAUGGUUUUCAGCACUUGCGCCUGCGUGACCUCCAACAUUGUGCAAAUGCUUUCCAGCAGGCCUUGGCACAUCUAUUUGAGUAGCAUGGUGCUUUCAGGGCCUUCAUUCAUUGGCAAUGCUGUAGUUGCUGGAAUUGUUGGUGCAGCUGUUCCAGGAAAGACGCAAGGCAUGCUGCAAUCUGCCCUUGCUUUGGUCACGCAGGUAGCAGGUGCUCUGGGACCUGUGGCGUUUGCCACUGUCUACCAAUUGCUCGAUCCGACAGCACCCAGCGCACCGAGUUGGACCAUGUACCUCUAUAUCCUCUAUGGUGCCCUUUUUGCAGUGCCUAGUCUUGCUUUGACCCUUUCAUUGCGGAGAAACAUUGAGAGGAAAGCCCCAGGGUCCGCUGCAGAGGUUUCAGACGCCAAAUAAGCCUGCCUGAACUUCAUUCAGAAUGUAGAUAUUGUUCUUGCCAACGAUACACUUGCUCAGCAGGGAGACCAAUGCUUCAAGGCCCCUGCACGGAGCACCCCAAGGGCACGCGG